AGAAUGCGGUAGAGGAGAGCAAUCAGUAGUCUUCGUGCGGUGUUCAUCGACGAUUCUCGCUGUUCUCAUUGAUCUAUUUGAUUCAUUUUUAUGCAAAAGGAUCCCAUUUGUGUGCGAGCAUAUUAAAUUAAUUAGCCAGACGUGUGAUUUAAAAUGUGGUCUUCCGUCAUCGUAUUCAUCAGUUUACUAUGUAUAUUAAUACCAUCGACGCAAUCUCAAGGUUCAUGCCAAAAUCCGCAAGGACAACCAGGCGUAUGUAUCAAUAUUAGAAAUUGCCAAGUGUUGCUCGACCUUCUGCAAUCAAAUUCUCAAAAUGCAGAAGUAGGAAAUUUUCUUCGUGCAUCCGUUUGUGGGUUCGAAGGUAGAGAUCCUCAAGUUUGCUGUCCUGCCGGCACCAAUGGCGGAAAUACCGGUGAUACAGGAAACGGAGGCAACAAUUUAGGCGGCGAUCAAGGUCGCAGCGAGAUCACGAAUACCGUGUAUGGUCCUUUGUAUCCACCUGAUUGCGGAUUCAGUAAUGUAUCGCUACGUAGAAUUGUUGGUGGCGAACCAGCUUCGUUAGGUUCUUGGCCUUGGCUUACCGCUCUUGGAUAUAGGAAUUCGAGAGAUCCGAAUGUUCCAAGAUGGCUUUGUGGCGGUGCUCUAAUUACCUCUCGGCACGUGCUAACAGCCGGACAUUGCGUGUUUGGACGGGAUGAUUUGUAUAAAGUGCGUAUUGGCGACUUGGACCUCAACACCGAUUCCGAUGGAGCGUUUCCCUUCGAGGACUUUCUCGAGAGAAAAACGGUACAUCCGGACUACAACCCCACAACCCAUACGAAUGAUGUGGCUGUCUUGAAAACGACUCGAGACGUACCCUUUACAUCAAUGCUUCAUCCCAUUUGUCUUCCGGUAGAUGAUUUUAAUAGAUAUAGAAAUCUGGAGAAUACAUAUCCUUUUAUUGCUGGAUGGGGAUCUAUUUAUUUCCGUGGACCCACAAGUAGUCGGCUUUUGCAGACACAACUUCCUGUACGUACAGAACAAGAAUGCAAAAAAGCUUUUCAGAACUUUAAAGGAAAUGUAAUAGAUAGCCGCGUUUUGUGCGCCGGCUUUGCUCGAGGUGGAAAAGACUCCUGUCAGGGUGAUAGUGGUGGGCCAAUGAUGUCUCCUAAUCCUCGAGAUUACCAAUACUAUUAUGUUGUUGGAGUAGUAUCAUAUGGUUUCAGAUGCGCUGAACCAGGUUUUCCGGGUGUUUAUUCAAAAGUAACGGCCUUCCUCGAUUUCAUUACGAACCAAUUAGUGUAAAUAAUAUUUCUUCGCAAAUAAAAACCUUCUGUCCAUUUU